AGUUAGCUUGACAACACUAUCGAAAGUGUUUUGUGGGAUAUUUAUCUGGUAAAUUAGUUGAAGCGGUCGGUCGAGGUGGAAGCAAAAGGUAACUUUCUCGGAUUUGUGUGUUUAGAAACUGCAGAAACUCUCAUUUAAAGAGAUAAGUAGCUCCGGUCGGCGGGAGAAGAACGACGAAAACGAGUCAGGUCGGAACAAAAAGCCAGUUGGUCACCGGUUAGCCGAAGUUAACUCAACACCGUCGAUAGUUUUGUUUAUUUAGAUUUACGUGUUUUCGUGGAAACUGCAUGUCUUCUUACAGUUCCCGAGUGGCUUAAAGGGCGUCUGUCUGGAGGAACGAAGUGAAAUGUGGCCUUUGAAAGUUGAUGGACUUCAUGUAAUGGUGUGAGGAUGAGACAGGGUGGUGCUGGCUGCAGCCCUGGAGGCUGAUGAAGCCGCUCCAUCGGCUGGUCAGGAUGCACAUAGCCUCAGUGGGUGUCAGCAAGUUCUGCUUCCUGCUCUCCCUUGCUUUCUGCGGCCUCCUGCUCCUUCUCAUCCCCGCCCUCCAGCCCUCUGCACGCCAGGUGGAUCUGCCUCAGCCCCGACCUCAAGUCAGACCUUCACAGACGGGCCAAUUGCACCAUGUCGGACUCCGAGCAGGGUCUGAUCAUGAAGAGGAAACAGACUCUACAAGAGGGCUCAAAAGGAGCUCAGCAGGGCAGGGGGAAUCCAUCGAUACUGACGUUAUCAGGAAGGAAAAACACGAUCCCAAGACGGGCGCAGACCCCAAAACAGGUGCUCUUCUCGUAAGAAAGCCUAAUGGACUUUCACGGUCAAGGACUCAGGACCUGUUGCAGUUAAAAGACAUUUUUAUCGCGGUGAAAACUACCAAAAAGUACCACAAGUCCAGACUGGGGCUGCUGACUCAGACCUGGGUUUCCCAAGCUCAAGAACAGACCUUCAUAUUCACUGACGGUGAGGACAAAGAGCUGCAGAAGAGAACGGGAGCUAACAUCAUCAACACUAACUGCUCAGCAGCUCACACCCGACAGGCUCUGUGCUGCAAGAUGUCCGUGGAGUACGACAAGUUCAUCGAGUCGCAGAAGAAGUGGUUCUGUCACGUUGAUGAUGAUAACUACGUGGUCCUGCCCAGCCUGCUGCGCCUGCUCUCCACCUACCACCACAGCCAGGACGUGUACCUGGGCCGGCCCAGUCUGGAUCAUCCUAUCGAGGCUGCAGAGAGGGUCAAGAGUGACGGAUCGGUGUCUGUCAAGUUCUGGUUUGCCACAGGUGGAGCAGGUUUCUGUAUCAGCAGAGGUCUGGCACUGAAAAUGAGCCCAUGGGCCAGUUUGGGGAAUUUCAUCAGCACAGCGGAGAAGAUUCGGCUACCGGACGACUGCACCAUCGGCUACAUCAUCGAAGCGCUGCUGGAGGUGACGCUGACGCACACACACCUGUUCCACUCUCACCUGGAGAACCUACAGAAGCUGCCAACGGACACCGUGCUGGACCAGGUGACUCUGAGCUAUGGAGGUUUUGAGAACAGGAGAAAUGUGGUCAGCAUAGUUGGAGGUUUUACGCUUUACGAGGACCCCACGAGGUUUAAGACGGUCCACUGCCUCCUGUAUGCAGACACUGACUGGUGUCCAAAGCUCAAAGCUCGCCACAAACACUGAAAGCGUCUGUGUUCUUACCCUGCAGCACCGGUACUUCAAAACCUCUCUGUCUCUCUCAUUGACUAUCCAAAUCAGUUUCACCUCAAGCUUCAUGGACGCUCUGAGCAAGUGUGAGCUAGAGAUACGAGACUAAUGGAUCAAACUCAUCAUGUCAAUAAUUAUUAGAGCCAAAGAAAGACUUUUCUCAGCUUGAGGGGUGAACGCUGAUGACACCGUUUCUACUCCGAGUUGAUCAUUAACAUUAAGAACACAGAAACAACAGACUCUGUGAUGAUAUGAAGUAUUAUUACAUGUGUUGUAUUAUGUUCAGUCUCUCGCCAUGAUGAGCUUAAUUGGGAGAAAGUGGUCAUGUCAACCUUCUUGUUUUUUUUUUGUUUUUUUGGUUAUGCUUUGAUUCUUGCAGCUUUUCUGUUCCCUCCACAUUGACAUCAGAGAGUUUAACAUGUGCAGCGAGAGUAUUGAGGCUGUUCUGGAUGGGGAUUUGUAAACUUUGAUAAGAUUCAGUAAAAAUCAAACGACAUCGAUACCCGUUUUGUUAAUAGCAACAAUAAUAGAAGCCUGAGCGACCAGUAUUUGCCACAUUUACCAAGAAAUGACCAAACUCCUGCCAAUUUCUUAAUUGCACAAAUAUGUUGGCAAUGUUUUUGUGCAAUUCUGACACUGCUCUCUCUCUUUCACCCUUGACUGAGUCUUUUACAAGCUGAAUUCUGGACAUUUUAAACUUGACCAUUUGAGUAGCUAAAUCUGCAUGCAUAAUGUAAUGGAGGCAGGCAUGUUCCUGAAAGACACAAGAGUUAUUCACUAAUCAUAAACACCAAAAACCUCCAGAGGAGCUAAAUGGACUUGUCUGCUGUCACAGGCAGGAGAUGUAAUUGUCCUGAAGUCUGAAGCUGUCCUCUUCUUAUCAAACACAGGGGGCUGCCUUUAGAGACCCUGCCUUUACAAUCACAAACUUUUAUUCAAUGAGUAGUUCUGGUUGUGAAAUUCAACACCUGCCUCUUCCACUGAGUAGAGAACCACUUCCUGCUUAUGCUUAAAUGAAGGGCCCGAGCAGUAUUACUUAAACAUACUCUGAUAAAGAGUGUGUCGUGAAGAUGUCUUUAUUUCCCUGUCAGCCUUAAACCAAUGACUCUCACUGUUUCAAAGGUCAUUUUACUACUUAAUAGUUCAGUUAUUUUCUCAUGAUACAAUAAAAGGAGAACUUUUUAAAGGGUUAGUUUUUUGAAGUGGGGUUGGUUUGAGUUCAUGUCAACAUUAAGUGUAUUAGCCACAGGAGAUAGAGAUGGGGCAAAUCUUACAGAGUAAUUUAGCUAAUUCUAAGAAAACCCAACCCUAAACCGAUGAGUCAGUGUAAACUGUCUUUAGAAAAAAUAACUGCGCUUUACUUUACCUUCAGAGAGCAAUGGGUUAGUGCAUGAGCUCCAUGUGCAGAGGCUGGAGUCCUCACAGGUUGGCGGCCCGGGUUCGAGUCUGACUCUCUCUCUCUCUCUCUCUCUCCCUCUCUCCCUAUUUUUUGACUCUAUCCACUGUCCUGUCUCUCAAAUAAAGGCCCCAAAUUGAUCUAAAGAAAGAAAGAGACGACAAAUACAAACUAAAAUAAACGAGCGGUUUUGAAAUGCUGUUUACUGUUACUGAAGUUACCGUGCCGGUACUUCAUCAGGUUUCUCUAUCCCCUAUGGGUAAUAAACCUUAAUGUAUCUUAUACAACCCCACUCCAAGAAAAACUGAACUAUCCUUUAAAAAAACUCUCAUUCAGAUGAAUUUAUUACAAAAUGAUCACAGAAGAGAUUGAAAGAAAUCGUCCGUUGAGAGUUUAUUUUAGUCUGUUGUCAUUUUUCGGAUUCCUUCACAUUUUGAGAUAAAGACCUUCUCCUUCUUUUACCUUGUUUUUUUACAGGCUCAUCUGUAUGGUUUUGCACUACUUUGCUGGAUUCCUGUUUGUUACUGUGCUGGUGUAAAUAUGAUUAAAGGUCGUCAGGUCUUCUUUCUUUGUGUAGGUUUUAGUUUGAGCUCUACAUACCCGACUUUUUAAAUCAGAGCUGCUCUGUGGAGAGGUGAUGACUUUGUUGGAGCCAAAUGCAUCAAAACAACAUUUUCUUAUUCAGUUUUUUUGGGAUAUUCAUGUCUUCAAUAAGAAAUAAAAAAGCUCUUAUAUAUUUUAAUGUUUUAAAUAUCAGGAUAGUUCUUAUUUUGGCUCCAAUAAACGUUUUAUUCUGUUUCCACCAGCAUCAGUAUUUCUGCUUGUAAAGUAUUUGUGUUAAACUUCUGUCCCUGUCCCACACCAGACGAGAAUCCAAACCCCUGAGUCUGUCCCACUGCAGGUCAGUGGAGGAGACUGAGUGACAUGUUUUUGUUUUUUUUGGGUUUUUUUUGCAAA